AUGGUUGAUUCUGAUGAUAAGUUUGCUAUGGGUUUUCUCUACAAAGUAAUAGAACAUGCAAAAGAGGAGAUUAAGGCAAAUUUAAGGAGUGCUAAAAAGAGAUAUGAGCCCGUUUAUGCUGUUAUUGAUAAGAGAUGGGAAAGCAUGCUUAGUCAAAUUGUUCCCAAUGUUACUGAUCGAGAUAAAAUUGACCAACAAUUGGACAUAUUCAGAAUGGCAAAAGGAUUAUUUGGCAUUGAAAAUGUUAUUCGAUCAAGGAACACAAAAUCAUCAGCUGAUUGGUGGCAUUCUUUUGGGGAUGAUUGUCCGGAGUUGCAAAGAUUUGCUACUAGAGUUUUAAGUUUGACAUGUAACUCUUCAGGAUGUGAACGGAAUUGGAGUACAUUUGAAAUGGUACAUUCAAAAAGAAGAAACCGUUUAGCCCAAAAAAGGAUGAAUGAUUUGGUUUUUGUGAUGUAUAACUUGAGAUUAAGAGAAAGAGAGAGGGAAAGAGAAAAACAAAAGAUGAUGAAUGUUGAAAAAGAUCCAUUUGAAAAUCUUCCUUCUGAUGAUGAAUGGAUAACAGAGAUAGAAGAUCCUGUAUUACCAAAAGACAAUGAAUGGUUGAGAAUUUUAGAUGAAAAUCAAAAUCAUGACACUACAGAUGAGGAGGAAAAUGAUGAGGUGAAGUCAUUGCAUCACAUAUAA